GUAUAAUUAUGCUUGUCUCUAAGCAAAACAGAAAGGUUAUCUACGAGGCUAUCUUCAAGGAUGGUGCCCUUGUCGCUCCUAAGGAUUUCAACCUUCCCAAGCACCCUGAUCUCGAAGUCCCCAACCUUGAAGUCAUCAAGAUUAUGCAAUCUUUGACUUCUAAGGGUUUCGUUAAGACUCAAUUCUCUUGGCAAUGGUUCUACUAUACCCUUACUGAUGAGGGUAUUGACUAUCUUCGUGAAUAUCUUCACUUGCCUCAAGAAAUUGUUCCUGCUACCUUGAAGAAGACCGUUCGUCCUGCUGCUCCCCGUCGUAACUUCGGUGGUGAUCGUGAAAACCGCGGUCCUCGUGGUGAUCGUGACAAUUACAGACGCAAGGAAGGUGCCAGCGGUGACUUCAAGCCCGAAUUCCGUGGUGGUCUUGGUCGUGGUAACCGCGAAUAAACAUUUUAAUUGAUUUUUUUUAAAAAAAAAUAAAUUAAAUUAAAUAUUAAACUUUUG